UGGUGAGGUGGGCUAGUUUUAAGAUAUUUACAGAACCAAAAUUAACCAAUCAAAGAAAGAAAGAAAGAAAGAGAAAGAGAAAGAAAAAGAGAGAGAAGCUCAUCAAUUUCGAUUCCAUCUUCUCUUUUGUUUUUUUAUUUUUUCUCUCUGAAACGAUUACAUUCAUAUUUGAUUCCCAUAACUUUCGACCUUAUGCACCACUCCUUUUCACUAACCCCAUUUUAAUUCUCUCUCUCUUGCUUUUUUUUAUAUAUAUCGGAAGACACAGUUUUUGGUCCACAAGCUUACCCCCUUUUGCAAUUGCAAUUUCACCGCUUCGAAUUUCAUAGAUCUCCCAUGGCGUCUUCCUCCUCUUCGCAGCUUCGGCUCAUGUCCGAUCUUAAAGCCAUCAUUAACGAACCUACAGGGGGUUGCAGUGCUAGUCCCUUGUCCGAUGAUAAUAUUUUCGUGUGGAGUGCUACCAUUUUUGGACCCGAUGAGACCCCCUGGGAAGGAGGAGUUUUCAGUUUGAGAUUGACAUUCGGCAAUAAUUAUCCCGAAAAGCCUCCACGAGUUCGAUUUACCUCCGAAAUAUUUCAUCCUAAUGUUUAUCAUGAUGGUACACUAUGUAUGGAUAUAAUUCAGGAUGCAUGGUCACCCUGCCACAAUGUCUCAACAAUUUUAACGUCCGUUCAGUCACUUCUAACUGAUCCAAAUCCCGCAAGUCCUGCAAAUCCUGAGGCCGCUCAGCUGUAUCAAAACGAUAUCCAGGCUUAUAACAAGAGAGUUCGUCGCUGUGCUCGUCGUUCCAUAGAAUCUUCAUAAAAUCUCAAUGAAAUUCUUCUGCUCUGUCUCUGCAACUAUUCGAACUAGGCUUGCUACGGUCUGAUGCCCAGCCUCCAGUGCGCAUAUGUUUAUGCCUCUUUAUCUUCUGCAUCUCCUCACAAAAUGUUCUGCUUCAUUACUUUAGUAGUUAUAGGCUCUUUUUUUUGUCUCUUUCCCUUUUACAUUUUUCAGUAAUAGUUACAUUUUGUCAAUAUCAUAUGAGAGAGAAUGUUUAAUUGUAAAUUAGAAGAUCUUUUAAUCUUCACAACUGAUAAUAAUAUAAACAGAAAUUUAAAUUCA